AUGUUUGACAAUCAACCAAGCAUUAAUCUUAAUGGUUCUCUUCUAAAAGUCGCUAGUAUGACGAGAGAACCAUAUCAGAAAGUUAAUUGCUGCAUGAAAAAGUGCACAGGGGAAGGAUUCAGCUUCGAAAUCAUCAAUAAAAUGGCAGAAUAUUUUAACUUUACUUAUGAAAUUAUUAUACCGAUCCAUAAAGUUUACGGUUCAAAAUUACCCAAUGGAACUUGGAUAGGAAUUAUUGGAAUGCUUGCAAAUAAUGAAGCAGAUAUUGCUGCAAUUCCUCUUACGGUGAUUCAAGAGAGAAAGGAAGUUGCAGUUUUCUCCACUACUCUUUUCAAAGACAGUAUUAAUAUUCUUAUGAAACAACCAAGUGCAAGUGGUAAUGCUGGUGCUUUGCUUUCUCCGUUUAACCUCUACGUUUGGAUUAUCCUCAUCGUUUUUUCUAUUCUAAUGGGUCCACUCGUUUAUUUAUUGCAACAUAUUCAUUAUAAAUUGAUUAUCGUGGAGGAAGAACCGGACAAAAGGAAUGAUUAUAAAUUAAUUGAAUGCUUUUGGUUUGUUUAUUCUGCAUUAAUUAGACAAGGCAGUGAACUGAAUCCAAGUUAUGAUUCCACUCGCAUACUGUUUGCGGCUUGGUGGUUAUUCACUUUGGUGAUUACCACGUUCUAUACAGCAAAUCUUACAGCUUUUUUGAGUCUAGAAACAUAUGCAGUAGAGAAGGAUUUACAUGGAAUCUUGGAUCAUACAGAUAAAAAGUGGAUUGCCAGAAAUGGAUCUGCUCUUUAUAUUAAUACAUUAAAAGGAGAAGAACCGAUAUUUUCAAUUUUGAAGAAAUCUUUAAAUGAAAAUAGAGGCUUAUUUUUAACGGAAGACAAUAAGAUUCUGCAACUUGUUUUAGAAAAGGAUUAUGUAUUCCUUCAGAAUUCAUUCGCUCUAAACUUCAUAGCACAAAGAGAAUUAAUGAAGCAUAACAAAUGCAUGUUUGUGACUACUGGAUUUAAAUUUUUCAAGAAUUCUUAUAGUUUUGCUUUUUCUAAAACUAAUAAAUAUAUCAACGAAUUUAACCAUUUUUUUCAAUUAAUUACAAGAACGGGAUUAUUAUCCAAGUGGAUCAUACAACAUUUAAUACCGGCUCACACCUGCACACUUUCCUCUGCAACUGGAUAUAAUUCUUUCGAGCUUGCUUUAUCAUUACGAGAUAUUAUAGGUGCUUUUAUAGUAUAUUUAAUUGGUAUGGCAGUAUCGAUUGUUGCAUUUCUAAUGGAAAAAAUUUGGAAAAGAGAAAAAUAAAAUUUUAUUAA